CUAUUACAGCCAAAAGAGGAGUUGGGUUUAUUUAUAAUCUGGGUUGGGCCUUAUUUAUUGUCUCCUCGGGUAGAGCAAAGGGGCCACCCGCCGAAGGAACCGUCUCCGAACAGCACUCUGAGCUGCAGAGUUUGGUCUUAGAAAAUGGCACCCAAGAAAGCUAAGAAGAGGGCAGAAGGCGCCAAUUCCAACGUCUUCUCCAUGUUUGAACAAGCACAGAUCCAGGAGUUUAAGGAGGCUUUCACCAUCAUGGAUCAGAACCGGGAUGGUUUCAUUGACAAAGCAGAUCUGCGAGAUACAUUUGCAGCACUAGGGCGUCUGAAUGUGAAAAAUGAAGAGCUUGAAGCCAUGAUCAAAGAAGCUCCUGGACCAAUUAACUUCACCGUGUUCUUGACAAUGUUUGGAGAAAAGCUUAAAGGAGCAGAUCCAGAGGAAACCAUUCUAAAUGCAUUUAAAGUCUUUGAUCCAGAAAGCAAAGGCUUAAAGGCAAGCUACAUUAAAGAGAUGCUCAUGACGCAAGGAGAACGGUUUUCAAAGGAAGAGGUAGACCAAAUGUUUGCAGCCUUCCCUCCAGAUGUGACCGGCAAUCUUGACUAUAAGAAUUUGGUGCACAUCAUCACACACGGAGAAGAAAAAGAUUAAGAACUAGUGGGAAGCCACUCGUGCGAUGACAGAAGUUGAUACCUUCUCUGGCCAGCUAAGCUGGGCUGUUGUGUCUUUCCUGUGUGUUGUCAUCCUCUUGGCAAUCCCAGCCCUGUGUUGUCCUAUCUGUACAAAGAAUGCAGCCGUGUCUGGAGAAACCUA